GUUAUUAACUUAUUAUCAGUUUUAUAUAUAAAUUUAAAAUGAAAUUUUCGGUUGUGAGUGUUGUACAGAGGACAAAGACGUUGCGUGGAUUUUAAUUAUACAUUGUCGCAAUGUGGUUCUUUUCUGUUGCUUACUUCGCAUUGUUUCGUCUUUAUUAGGUUGAUAGACAUAUACUCUAACGGUUGGGAUGAUAUUUUCAGUGUCGUCAUAAGUUAUGCAGCUAAGAAAUCACUCAUCUUGAGUUUUACAACUAAUCAACUAAAAUAUGAUUAAAACUUGGUACUAAUGUACAUCAAAAGUAGCUUUUAAGUCAGCAAUAUACAUGUGGUAGGGGCUUAAAUCUAGAGUAACAUUACAAAUUACAAUCAUACAAACAGAAAACUAAUUACAUCAUGUGUCGAUUGUUUUGUUCCUAGUUUAGCUUGGAUCAAAUCUGAUUAAGAUUCCACAUAUUAGCACAUACAUUAUAUAAAGCGGUGUGUGUGUAUGACCGCCACAUGACUCAGACUCAGUGAUUGUUCUUCCCACCACUUUGCAUAGGAAGCUCUUGUCCACUGGAAUCUCUUUUUCUCUCUUUCUUUCGUUUUGGAAUAUCUCUCUUCGGCUAGUUCCUCAUAUAAUAUUGUCAAUAAUUGAUCAUUUUCAGUGAAUAAUAUAUACUUAUUUUCAAUCAUAGUAAAUAUUCUAGUACAAAUAGAAAACUAGAGUCCUAAAAUACAUAUUCCAUAGUAGUCGUAAAAGAUAUAUUAAACCCAUAUAAACAGAAGAAAUAUACGGCUACUUGAACUACUUAACAGUACAUCAAACCCAUAUUAACUCGUAAUUAACACUUUAAAAUGAUUACAUAUAUUUUAAAAUAUAAUUAGUCGAUGGUGCGUCACUCGUAACUAGUUCAUAAAGAUCUACUACGGGUGAAAAGUUAACCAUGUAAGUUGAUUGAAACCAUUCAAUAAGUAGUCUACAUUUUAGUUCAUGAUGAUCGGAUCACUCGACCAUGUAUAAAAUACAACCAAGACAGACCGUUACAAAUUCGAUGUUAUUAUUAUAGUUUUCCCCUAUAAUGUUUUCAAGACCAACUUGAGUAGUAUAAAACUAUAUUUCUUCACCUUUUGGGUCGGUUUUGUUUGAACGUGUUCCCUCAGGACCAUAGUUUUCUUUUUGAUCCCCUUUUAUUUACCAAGUCAAGAUUUGAAUAUGGCUUAUAAACUGUACAUUCAUAUGUAUUUCAGGUGAUUAUUACAGUUUAAUAAAAAUAUUUAAUCAUAUAGGAAUUUUAAUUUGACGGAUAAGUAGAACAAUUUACACAUUCUAUAUCGUAAGUUUCUUUCUUCCUUCUUCUUUUGAAAAAAAAGUCUUUUUUUUUUCUCUUUUGUCAACUAUACAAAUCAGAUUCUGAAAAUACAAUAAAUAAAUAAAAUAGUAAUAAAAGAUAAAAAUGAAUUUAACGAAAAGAGUCUUUAGUCCAUCAUCUCCUUCCGUUCUUUUUAACAGUCACGAUAGGUAAGCCGUGUCUAUAUAAACACUAAGAGUCGCCGUUACGUAACGACCAUCAUCUCCUGUUACUACUCUCUCUCUCACCUCACCAAGCACACAAAAACUCAGUUCCAAAAUUCUUUCCUCAAGAGAUGAAGCUAGUUGAGAAUACGCCGGCGGCGACUGACAAGUUCACCACCACGGAGGAGGAGGACGGUGAAGACGCCUGCCGCACGAUCGAGGUCGUCGAGAGAAACGUGUUUCAGGCUCAGUUCGAUGAAGCUGCUGAUGCGGUUGAGGAGCUUAACCUUAUACCGCCCCUCAACUUCUCUAUGGUGGAUAACGGAAUAUUCCGUUCUGGAUUCCCUGAUCCGGCUAACUUCUCCUUCCUCCAGACUCUGGGACUCCGCUCAAUUAUUUAUCUGUGUCCGGAGCCUUACCCGGAGAGUAACAUCCAGUUCCUCAAAUCCAAUGGGAUUACUCUUUUCCAGUUUGGCAUUGAAGGCAAUAAGGUUCUGUGUUUAGACAACGAAAUUUGCUCCCAUUUAUGGUGUUCUGAGAAUCACAAAGAGAGUCCAUUAACAACAACAAAUGGACUCUCCACAAGUUUGGAACCAUUUGUGAUUAUUCCAGACCAGAAAAUCCGCAAGGCACUCAAUGUCCUUUUAGAUGAGAAAAACCAUCCGGUUCUGAUUCAUUGUAAGCGAGGCAAGCAUCGUACUGGUUGUCUUGUGGGUUGCUUGAGAAAACUUCAGAAAUGGUGUUUGACUUCGAUAUUUGACGAGUACCAGCGAUUUGCAGCAGCUAAAGCUAGAGUUUCAGAUCAAAGAUUCAUGGAGAUAUUCGACGUCUCCAGCUUCAGUCAUGUUCCGAUGUCUUUCUCUUGUUCCAGCAGGUAAACAGAGAAGAAGAAAGCCAACAACAAAAAAUGAAGAGAUUAUUCUAAUCACAUAAGUGUUCCAGAGGAAUCAUUCUUCUGUUUCUUUCCCUUUCUCUGGAAUCAAUAAUUAUAUUUCAAGAAAAAACAAUUCUGAUUAUGAUUUUACCUUCUUUUUUUUCUUCGGCUCAUUGUAACCCCAUUUAGGUAGAUAAAAAUACGUAUACUAAUACGUAUAUAUGUAUACGGAUAAAAUAUAUAGGAGUUUGUUUAAGAUAUAGCUUCUCUUGGGUAUCAA